CUUGCUUCUGCUUUACGACAGCGAAACCAGACAUCAUGCUCUUUUUGUAGCCAUUGUGCGCCUUAAAAAGCCAGAGUAGUUCUUCGAAAGUAAGCCUUGUCUCACUCUCAUUAAUAGUUUUCACCUCUGUAAAAAUACCUAUUGCUAUUUAUUCUUGGUUUCAGUGCUGGCUGCUCGCUCUCCACAAGAAUUGCCUGCUCAGCUACAAGACCAAGAGGCGCCAUCACUUGACUGUACAAAAUACCCACAUUCAUCAAGCAUGCUGCUUUCCUACUGGACGAUUCCCUACGUGGCGAUUCCCGAUGCCCGAUUGGUGUACCUGUACAAUUUUGGGUUUGUCGCCAUUUUCAGCUGGUUGUGUUUCGACGUCUUUGUCGGCCAGUCGUAUUUGGAGUCUGACCGCCUCCAGGGGGUCGCGCGCCUGCGCUUGCGAAAUGGCCCGACUGCUAGUGGAGGUAGUGGCCACGAUUCUGGAGGAGAUGAAAAGCGACUGGAGCUACAGAAGACCCUCUCGUCUAGCGGCGGGUUUUCGUCGAACAACAGUACCAAUGAUUUUGUCACCGCUUCAACAUCAACAUCCGCCGGAAGUCUUCUUGUUGCACCAUGCGGACGAUUGUUUGAAAGCGCUAUACUUGAUGGCGAGCAGCAGGAACACGCCACGACCAGCGAUGUAGUUGAACAUCAAAACACAGCGACAUCAAGACUUUGCACGCAUUGGGACGCCGACGCGACGGGGCGGUCUGCUUCGAGCGAGUUGUUCGUUGUAACAAGGAUUAAGGACGUUGUGGAAAAGUGUGAGUAUUCUAUUCCAGGUGCUGGGCGGGGUCGCACGAAUCAUCUUCCUCCAAGUAGUGGUGGACCAAUUUCCAGUUCGCCUACAGACUCGUCAUCAUCAACAUCACAGGACGGGGAUUCGAACUCUGCUGAUGGAGGUGGACGUGGUAACAGUAUUCAUAGGAGCGCUGUUUCAUCAGCCCCCGCCGGUUAUUUCAAGCCACCAGACGAGUCUUUUCAUUAUCAAGAAGUCGACGACGCGGAGUGUCCUGUUCCUUGGACGCGUUUGUCUCGGAAGGACUAUGAAUUGCAAAAAUGUCUGGGUCUGGAAGAUUUCAAUUUGUCAUCGUAAAUCUGAAGCAUGCGAAAAUCUGCGUUGCAUGAGUCCCAAAAGCUGCACACUUUUGACCAGGUUGGAGGGGAGUUUCUCAUGCAGGAUAGGCACGGCAGAGACCUCGCAGAGUCUGUCAUGCUAAGUCCCGCAUUCCAGACCUCAUGGGCCAUGAAAAAUCUGCAUGACAAGUCUACACUUUUCCAGACCCAGACAUUUUUACAUUUAAUAAGGACCGUUAUGUGGCCAAUCUUCCGGACUUCCGCGUGGCCGUGACUGCGCAUGCCGAGGCGGUGGAAUUUUGCUCGGAGUAUCGGAAGAACCGGAAAAGGUGUCCGUUCCUGUACUCCACCACGGACCCGGCCGUACGAGGUGAGUUUCUCGGGUUCGACGGCGUUGUAAAACAGCCAUUUCCAACUGUCGCGGUCCACCUCGCGGAAGAUCCUCAUAUAGGAGAAGCGGGCCGCGAGCGAUCUGAUGCAGGACGAGCUGACGAGAGAAAUAAAAAGAAAAAUUCGAAAAAACACAAACCGAAGACGUCCCUCGACGUUUCCCUCGGGCAGUUACUUUCCGCCGCUGGCAUCGACUCGCUCGACGAAAAGCAGCCUGACGACACGGUGGUGCGUGAAAAGGGCUCGGUGCUGGUGCUGACCCUACAUUUUGCACCGGACGAAGAGCAACUGUCCUUUUGGAGUUCAGCAAUCGACAGCAAUCGAAACCGAAGCGUCCCCGCGAAAUACACCGCCACUGUCGAUCGCAUUCCCUUUUCUGAAUACAAGUUGAGGGAGGUGCAGCCAAUUGCAAUUUCUAAAAUGAUUAGUGGGAAGAUGAACACAGAUUCAUCGAGAAUAUUCACCACGCCCAGCGAGAGCGACGGGAACAUCAUGGGUGGAGCGUCUUCACCGGUGCCAGAGAUCAGUCACGGCCCAGAAGAUGACCAUCCAGGCGCAGAUCCCGAGCGUCGUCCUCCGCAUCUUCUGCCGAACAAACAUUCCCAUUUCCGACGCGUGCGCACCCUUCAUGGUAUUCAGAUCAAAGUCGUGCUUGCCGGGUCCGCGCGUCGGUUUUCCUGGGCCGCGGUGGUGUCACAGGCGGUGCUGAAGUUUGGCUUGUUGGGCUUGCUGUCGCAGGGGCUGGAUUUGCUGUGGCAGUACGUGUAUCCUGUGCAAAAGUAUCGUAUGUAGUGAGGUCACCGAACGGUUCUAACCAGGGAGUUUUUUUGCCAUAUACCCUGAAAAACGACCGGCAGUUUUCAAGCGGCCGGAAGCGUUUUUGGACAUAAAAAAUUUGCACUUAUCAAGCGGCCGGGGCUUUGUUGUCAAACAAGCCCGAGCCAAUUCUAUCGAUUCGCACUGGAUAAAACGACGCAGGGGAGCCGGCAAAAGGGGCGCCCUUCUGAGGCGCCCGCCGCCUUGGUUUCUGGCGAUUUGGGGCGCCCAAAAAGGGGCGCGCAAAAAACGCGCCCAAAAUCAGAACAGCGAAACAGCAUGGCACGGCCGCGAUUUCGGAGCAUUUUGGGCGGCCGCGAAAGCGGCCGCCUUUUCGUCGGUUUUAGAGCCUGGGGAGCUUUGCAAAAAGCGCCGACGUGAAAAAUAAAAACGCGAAAAAUAAAAAGCGCCCCAGACGCGCAAAGCCAAUCCGCAUGCUAUGGGCCCGGUUUUGCUUCGCUUUUUGGGCGCCCCCCCCUGGCAACCGGAUCGGUCCCAUAGCAUCGGGGCUGGCUUUCGGAAAGGAAUUUUGGAAAUGGGCCAAAAUUUGUGACGUUUCCUAAGUGGCCGCCAUACCGUGCGGCAUAACGUUACUUGGAGGGGAGGAGGGCAGUAUUUUCGAUGUGGAGAACUUUUUUGGAAUUUUUCGCCGAGCCUUUCAAACACAAUGGUCCGUGGUAUUCCAGGUGGGAAAGAGUUUAUCCCCCACCCGAUAUUGCUUGGUGGUGAUGGCGAUCGUUGUUGUCGUUCUGGUGAUGUGGGUCGGAGACCGGGUUGCAAAUUUUCCUUGAUUUUUCGCAGGUCAUGGGGUGGGGCAUGAAAUGUAAAUCAGGGCGGAGGGUAGAGCCAUGAGAAUAAGUCGGACGUGGUUUUUUUUUCUUUGCCGUUUUCCGGUUUCUAAAGGAAAAACACAAAAAAAGGGAAAAAAAACUUUCAAAAAACUUUUCAAAAACUUCGAAUCACGAGCGGACUCCAACUUUUUCUGAAACAUUGCGAAAGUUUUUGAAAAGUUUUCGGAAAGUUUUUGAAAAGUUUUUUGCGAUUUUUUAUGUUAAAAAUCGAUUUCCAUUUUUUUUGGGGUCGCCUGAUUUCGUUCCAAAGAAUGGGCACCAUACCAUGCGGAUUUGUGUUCCGAGUCGCAUUCUUUUUCUUCUGGAUAUCGUUUCCCAUUUUGCAAAGUUUCCAAAAUGAAAAGAAAAGUGUCGCCCGCUAUAAUUUUUGGUAGGGUGGUCAAGAGGAUGGGAGGAUCUCCGUCGGUAGCUUUGGAGAUGGCUCGGCGAAAAAUUCCGAAAAAGUUUGGCGCCUCGGUAUUAAUCCAAGCCCUCCACUCCAACGUUACUCGCGGCGGUAUGGCGAGCCCAGAAAAAGCAAAGCCGCGGCCAAGGCGGCGGUCGGCAAAAAAACGUCCACGACCUCACUACCCCCGCCCCGGCGGCUAUAUUUGGCACUCGUACUAGUUGCAAUCAAGCACUACAAGUCUCUUUCUCAAGGUGAAUUAGCAUUACAAAUUCAAUUUGUAAAGCUGGGCUAAUUUGUAAUGCAAUUUAUACUAGUGCGAUGCUUUUGCAUUGCAUAACGUGUUUCCCUUGGUGGUCGGUGUCGACUACUCGCGGCAGGUCUACUCGCAAGUCAAGAACCAGUGCUAGGAAUUAUGCGCCGGGAGCUCCAACUCAUAGUACUCCGCGCAAUUGUUGAGGGUGAUGCCUCAUUUUCGUGUAGCAGACAGUAUGUUUGCCAAUUUUUGAAAAGUACAUAAUAUGUAGUGAGGUCACCGAACGGUUCUAGCCGGGGAGUUUUCUUGACAUGCAUCGCGCAAAACGACCGGCAGUUUUCAAGCGGGCGAAAGUGUUUUUGAGCAUAAAAAAUUUUCAAUUAUCAAGCGGCUUUGGCUGUGUCGGCACCGAAUCGCCAGCGGAUUCUAUCGAUCGCCGCUGGGUAAAACGACGCAGACAAGCCAGCAAAAGGGGCGCCCUUCUGAGGCGCCCACCGCCUUAGUUUCUGGCGGUUUGGGGCGCCCAAAAAGGGGCGCGAAAAAAACGCGCCCAAAAUCAGAACAGCGAAACAGCACGGCACGGCCGCGAUUUCGGAGCAUUUUGGGCGGCCGCGAAAGCGGCCGAGUUUUCGCCUGUUUCAGAGCCUGGGAAGCUUUGCAAAAAGCGCCGGCGCGAAAAAUAAAAACGCAAAAAAGCAAAAGCGCGCCAGACGCGCAAAGCCAGCCCGCAUGCUACGGGCCCGAUUUCCCUUCGCUUUUUGGGCGCCCCCCGUGGCACCCGGAUCGGCCCCAUAGCAUGGGGGCUGGCUUUCGGAAGGGAAUAUCGGGAAUUUGCCAAAAUUUGCGACGUUUAUGAAGCGGCCACCAUACCGUGCGGCCUAACGUUACUCGCGACGGCAUGGCGAACCCAGGAAAAGCACAGCCGCGGCCAAAGCGACGGCCGGCAAGAAAACGCCCACGACCUCACUACCUCCGCCCCGGCGGCUAUAUUUGGUAAACUAAUCCAAGGGGAUGCGAUGAGCAUUUCGUGUGACUUUUUUAUUGAUGCAGCAUAGUCUGCGUCGUGUAGGUACGAUGGCAAUCUCUUAAUCAAACAAAGAGUUCGAAGACCACAUGAAUGCUCGCGCAUGUUGAUGUGAAUAGAAAGUAUCAUUUUUCUAGCUCGCUGCAGCGCCGCGUGAAUUAUCUGUGCUUCGGACGAACAU